CAGACCGAGCCGCUCCUCGCUGCUCUCGCCUCCCUUUGAGCUUCCCAGGGCUUUGCCUGGGUGAAGGCCUGAGGCAUGGGGACCAGAGGAUGGACGCUUUCCACCUUCGUGGGAUGCUGCUUAUGGAUUCUGCAAGGGCUCAGGGCUGCUGCUGCUGUCCCUGUCACCACUGAGGGGCCAUUUACUGCAGGGACAGCUUCUCCCAUCACAGCGGAGAGCGAGGUGCCCAGUGCCCUCCUGUUGGGCACUGUGGAGACGAACACUGCAGCGAUGAGCACCACGGCAGCUGAUGCUGAGAUAGAUGAGAGCAUCCUCAUGGGAAACUCAUCCAGCCCACCCUUCUCUCCCGGGGCUGAGCUGGCAACUUUGGGGACAGCGGCGAGCCAAUCCAACUCUACAGUACCACCUUUGACGAACAUGACCGAGCCUCUUAGCGUGUCUCAGGACAACGAGAGGGGUGCAGCUGCUCUUGCUGCAGCCAUGACUGCUGACACCACCGUCUCACAGGACCCCGCUGUAACCUCAGAUGUGGAGCUUGAUGUAACGGGGACCACUCCCAACGUACCCCUGGGGACCACCCCUCUCUUUGCAGACAUGAAGGAGGACAUCCUUGCAGCUGUCACCAGAGAAGGAGCAGAAGAUCGAGACCUCACCGCUGGGGCCACGUUCCUCCCCACCACCCCUCCGCCGGCAGCCUCCUGGGGGGCACAGCCAUCUGCUGGCAGCCCCGUGGGUGCCAGUGUCACCGUGCUGCACAGCCAAGGGCUGACCACAGCCAUGGGAGCUGUUGAAGAAGGUGUAUCCCUGCCUGUGGGUAUCCAAAGCGAAGCCAGUGCCAACUCCUUCAGCCCCAGGUCUGGUGCCGGGGGGCUGCUCACCACCCAGCAGGAUGGGGCAGUGAGUGGGGCUGUGGGCAUCACCCCAGAGCCAGCGGAAGAAACAGCCCCAGCUACCGAGGAAAGUCCCCUGGCUUCAGAGCCCAGAGAUGCAGGAGAUGCAGUAAAUGGUGCAUUCAGCAUGGCUGGCUCAUCCCACCUGCCACCAGCGAGCCCAACGGUGUGGGGAACACUGGGAAACCCAGGGGAGCCCCCCCUCCUUCCCGACCAGGCAUCUCUGAGCCCAACUGCUUGGCUGGCACCAGUCAGUGGUGGGGACUGGGACGGGCAGGGAGCUCCCAGCAUGUCAUUGGGUGCUCCUGGUUCAUCCGGGUUGCUUGCAGCCAGUGAGGCACCCGCAGUGACAGAGGACAUGGGCAUCUCGCUGCUGGUACCAAGUGUUCCUGCUGAUGUGCAGAGUGACACGAAUCCCCUAGCCCAGGCCACUGAGCUGCCCACAGAGGACAUGGGGGCUGCGGGUCUGGCUGAGUCGUCCCUGCAGCCUGCCCCUUGGCAGAGCCCCGGUGGAGAACAGCCACCUCUGCUUGCUGCUACCCUGCCAUAUCCCAUGGACACUUCCAGUGCUCCUGGGGCUGCUUACCCACCCCCGGGGGCUGGCACCCUGUCUGCAGCUGACGGUGGGGUAGAGACACCAGGAAGUCCUGACUUUGGUGCUGUCCCAGGAGCACCCAUGUCUCCAUCCCUUGGAGGAUCACAGCCAUGGGACACAGAAGCUGGUGCUCCCCAGGGAGCCGAUGGAGCUGGCACUGGCUUGAAUUCACCUUUGGAUGCCUCCAACCCAGUGUCUUUUGUACCUGAUGGACUGGCUGGACCCACCGCUGGGGUCCUGGUGCAGGGAGCUGAGGGUGCAGACAUGGCACAGGCAGGAGGUCCAGGGAAUGGCAGUCCCUAUUCAGAUACCCCAGCCUUCAGCACCCAGCAGGACCCCACUAGCAUGGGAGAGCUGCCAGCUGGAGGAACAGGGGCUUUGGUGAAUGCUGAACUGUCCCCUUCAUCAGCUCUUGGAGAACAAGCAGGAGCAGGAGCAGCCCUGGGAGAGGUGUCCCUGCCUGGUCCUGCAUUUCCCAGCAGUACUGGGCUGGAGUCCAACCUCUCAGGGGCUGAAGGACCAGAGAACCUGCCCGGUGAAUUCCUCAGUGCUCCUGGGGCUGCUUACCCACCCCCAGGGGCUGUGCCCGUCCCAGUGUCUGGAGCAGAGACACCAGUGAACCCCGACCUCGGUGCUGCCCAGGGAGCACCCAUGUUUCCAUCCCUCGGAGGGUCCCAGUCAUGGGGGACAGCAGCUGGUGCUCCUCAAGGAGCAGGUCUCCCUGAAGCCAACGUACCAGGCUCUGGCUUGACUUCGGCGUGGGAUGCCUCCAGCUCAGCAGCUUAUGGACCAGCAGAACCCCCAUCACCUGGCCUUGGGGUCCAGCCUGGCACAAAUGUGGGACUACCAGCAGCGGAGGGACAUGGAUCUGGCACAGUGGAGCAGGCACUGGGAGGAGCAGAAAGUGGGACUGGGUUUGAGCCAUCCCUGAUCUCCACUGCAGGCGGCGGGACGGCAGCUGGGAUGGAUCAACUGCCUGGUGCAGUUUCCUCAUCUGGUCCUGCCUCUCCCAGUGGUGUGGUGGCAGCACCCUCUGUUUCAGAGGGUGAUGGAACAGGAUCCAUCCCAGCUGCAGCCCCUGGCCCUGACAGCCUGUCCCUGGCCUCCCCGGACAGUGAAACUGGCCCUGAGCUCAGUCUGGUGCAGGGGGCUGCAAGCACAGGAGAUGUGGCACAGACAGGAAACCCAGAAGAAACAGGGGCUUUGGUGAAUGCUGAACUGUCCCCUUCAUCAGCUCUUGGAGAACAAGCAGGAGCAGGAGCAGCCCUGGGAGAGGCGUCCCUGCCUGGUCCUGCAUUUCCCAGCAGUACUGGGCUGGAGUCCAACCUCUCAGGGGCUGAAGGACCAGAGAACCUGCCCGGUGAAUUCCUCAGUGCUCCUGGGGCUGCUUACCCACCCCCAGGGGCUGUGCCCGUCCCAGUGUCUGGAGCAGAGACACCAGUGAACCCCGACCUCGGUGCUGCCCAGGGAGCACCCAUGUUUCCAUCCCUCGGAGGGUCCCAGUCAUGGGGGACAGCAGCUGGUGCUCCUCAAGGAGCAGGUCUCCCUGAAGCCAACGAGAAGGGGCAGGUGAAGCAGGUGGUGACGGAGCGUCCCUGGGAGAAGGGGCAGGUGAAGCAGGUGGUGACGGAGCGUCCCUGGGUCAGUCCCAGGCUGCUGCUGGAGAGGGACAGGCUGGUUCAGGAGCCCCUGAUGGAGAAACUGGAGCCGUUCUGCAGUCUGCAUCUUCUUCCCCAUCUACAGAGAGAUCUUCAUCAUUUGGAACGGCCAGUGAGGCUGGCAAUGGAGCAAGCCUUCCUGGAGCUGGUGGAGCCGGCAGUGGCUUGA